GAUAAUAAAGGAGCCAGACACUAGACUGCAGCUAGAGCAGAUUCUCCACUUUUCAUCUCAACCACUCCCUGGUUAAAGAUGCAGAACGGCACUGAAGGAAACAACUUCUACAUCCCCAUGUCCAACAGGACUGGACUUGUAAGAAGUCCCUUUGAAUACCCUCAGUACUACUUGGCGGAUCCAUGGCAAUUCUAUCUGCUUGCUGUCUACAUGUUUUUCCUGAUCUGUUUUGGAUUCCCCAUCAACGGUCUGACCUUGUACGUCACAGCGACAAACAAGAAGCUCCAGCAACCCCUCAACUUCAUUCUGGUCAACUUGGCUGCAGCUGGAAUGAUCAUGGUAAUGUUUGGAUUCACCAUCACCAUUACAUCUGCUGUCAAUGGCUACUUCGUCUUUGGACCUAUGGGCUGUGCCAUCGAGGGUUUCAUGGCUACACUUGGAGGUCAGGUUGCUCUGUGGUCUCUGGUGGUGCUGGCCAUUGAGAGAUACAUUGUCGUCUGCAAGCCCAUGGGCAGCUUCACAUUCACUACCACCCACGCUGGUGCCGGAUGUGCAUUCACCUGGGUCAUGGCAAUGGCCUGUGCUGCCCCCCCAUUGGUUGGCUGGUCUAGAUAUAUCCCAGAGGGUAUGCAGUGCUCAUGUGGACCUGAUUACUACACCUUGGCCGAAGGCUUCAACAAUGAAUCAUAUGUGAUCUACAUGUUCACCUGCCACUUCUGUGUUCCUGUCGUCACCAUCUUCUUCACGUACGGAAGCCUUGUCCUCACAGUCAAGGCGGCUGCAGCUUCCCAGCAGGACUCAGCAUCUACCCAGAAAGCUGAGAAGGAAGUGACACGUAUGUGCUUCCUGAUGGUUUGUGGUUUCCUGAUUGCCUGGACCCCCUAUGCCAGCUUUGCUGCCUGGAUUUUCUUCAACAAAGGAGCUGCCUUUACAGCCACAGCCAUGGCUAUUCCAGCCUUCUUCUCAAAGAGCUCAGCCAUCUUCAACCCAGUCAUCUAUGUGUUGAUGAACAAACAGUUUCGUAGCUGCAUGUUGGCUGCUGUAGGAAUUAGUUCAGGAGCUGAAGAUGAGACCUCUGUUUCAGCAAGCAAGACAGAAGUGUCCUCUGUGGGCCCUGCAUAACAACUUCCAAGGAUUUAUUUUUUACAUGGACUGGCAUAUUUUCAAUUAGGUGGAUUUAUUUUCUAAUCAGAAGAUGCCCUCUUACAGUACAGUCCUCAAAACACAAAACAUUGCUUAAUCAAACAUAGCCCAUUUUUAUUGUGCAAUAUAUGUUGUAUUUCCUUAGACCACCGGAGCACAGGAGAACUUUCAAGUUGUGAUUUUUCAUUUUUUCGCCAGCAAGUUGAAUCCUCAAGAGUUUUCAUGACGAACCACUUGAAGGUUUUGUUUUAGCUCCGUAGCUUUGGGCACUCUUCAAAGUGAGACAAACAAUUCCUCUCUGAGCAACACCUGCAUUAAUGAACAGCAAUACCACUAAAAGGCAAGUCAUGCUACUUUGACACAAAGUGGAUUCUUGCCAAAUAUGGGUGGUUGCAGGUAGCAUAGCAGUUAAGAGCAUUGAGCCAGUACCUGAAGAGUCACUUGUCCGAAUCCCUUAGCCAACUAGGUGAAAAAUAUGUCCGUGUGCCCUUGAUUGAGCGACGCAUUUAACCCUAAUUGCUCCUGUCACUCUGGAGAAGAGCGCCUGCUAAAUUACUAAAAUAUAUAUGUAAUUACACUGCACACAUCAAGGUGUCUCUACUCUUUCAAAAAUAUGCACUUGGUAUAUUGACUGUCAUUUAAGAGGGUGACAUACAUACCAAAUCAUAGCUGAGGUGGAAAGAUACCUAUUGUGAAUGGUUGAGCUUGGAAUGACAUACUGAACUACUUUCAUACUUUGACGAUGAAGGAUUGAGAUUUAAUUGGUACAAUGUGAGGCUACAUACGUGUGGCUUUUGUUGGCCACUUGUAUAUUAUCAUUUGCUGAAUACAUUUUAUAAAUACUUCUUAUGAAAAUGUUAUUCUAGAUUAAUAAAUGCAUGCAUGAAAA